AUGGAAAAAGAAAUAAAAUUCUCAUUCUUAAAGCUAUUCAAUUCAAUCAAAGGGGUUCAUAAGCCAGAAUAAGACUAUGAUUAAAAUUAUCUAGCAUCUAGAGCUGAUUCUCAGACAAAAUUAAAAUUUCAAAAAUUCUUCAAAUGGUGCAAAGACAAUGGCAUUACUCAUCCCAAAGUUAAGUAUCCAGUCUUAUUUGGUAAGGGAAAGAAUCAGUACAUGGGCAUGAUGGCAACUGAAGAUAUUGGGGCUAAUGAAACCAUGAUAAAAGUGCCAGCAAAAAUGGUAAUCUCAACUUAAGUAUGUGUUAACAGUGAAAUCAAGAACAUCUUUUAUGAAAAUCCAGAUAUAUUCGGUAGAAAUUCAAAUGAUGGUGAAGAUAAUGUCCUGAUAGCUUUUUUACUUUAUGAGCUAGGUAAAGGUGAAAAAUCUUUUUGGAAACCUAUGUUUGAUGUAUGGCCUAAACCAGGGGAUACAGAUCUUUUGAUGAAUUGGUCAGAUGAGGAUCUUGAAUGGCUUUAAGAUCCUACUCUUUCUCAUGAUGGAUAAAGAUAGUAUGAUGAAUUCUUAUAGUCUUGGAAUGACUUAUACUAAUGCUUAACACGCUAUCCAAAAUAAUUCUGUGAAUCAGCAAUUGAACUUUACAAAUAUAAAUGGGUCUAUAUGCUUACAACAAACAGAUGUUUUGGUUCUAGUUGGCCCGGAGUUUCUUGUAUGAUACCUUAUGCAGAGUUUAUAAAUCAUGAGAACGUCAAUAUUUAAUAUGAUUAUCUAGAUUAAAAGGGCAAUAGUAUUCAAUGUGAUGAAGAUAAGAAGAAAUUAAAAAGAGAGGAAAGAAUCUUAGCAAUGCUGAAAAGAAAGUUAUUCCUAGAAGAUCUAAAGCAAGAUUUGGAAAAAUUAGAAGCAGAAACUAGAGCAAGAUUGAGCGGAGAGGAAGUCAAAGUUCCGACAGAUGAAGAGCGAUAGUAGUUAAUAAAUGAGCGUAAAUUGAAAAGAUAGACUAUGGAGUUUGAGAUUAAGGCCUAAUUAGCUGAAUCUUAUAAAUCAGCGAAUUCAUCAGACUCCGAUGAAGAAAAGUAAAAAAAUUAGGAUGAUGAUUGCGAGAAGAAAGACUAAGAUGAAUGGGAUUAUAGUAGUGGAGUUGAAUCAGAUAAUGAUGUUGAUUUACUAGUAGAGUAGGAAGUUCUUCACGCUUUCAAGCUUAAUAAAUAAUAAUUGUACCAUGAAUAAAGCCUUAAAAGUGAUGAAGAAAAGCUGAGCUAGUUGGCAGAAGAAAAUAUGAAAGAAAAUGAAAAAGUAGAAAAUAAUGAAGUAACGGACUAAGAAUCUUAGACAAAAGAGAAAGCCUAUAAAACUUGGUAACUAGUCGCUAGUCAAGUUCCAGAUGACUAUGACUUUAUCAUAAGGACUUAUAGCGAAGGCUUCCCAAAAGGAUCUUAAGUAUUCUUAUGCUAUGGUAGAAUGUCAAACAGAGAAAUGCUAAAAAGAUAUGGAUUCUGCCUUUAAUGGAAUAAGUAUAACUACGCAUACAUUAAGCUUAGGUUAGAUUCUUAAGAUCCUGAAUUCGCCUAUCGAAAGUUUAUCAUUAGAAAAUUUUUCUCAGUUGACCCUAGUAAAGAAUCAUUUGAUAUUUCUAGUAGACAUUUCAAAAUUUAUUUUCAAAAGCUAAAUACUAAAGUAUUAAAGUUCAUUAAGAUACUUAACUUCAAUGUUUAAUCGGAUGAUAUUUCUUGCAUUGUGGAAAGUAGAUCACUAUCAUUGGAAUACAUUUCAUUUUAAAAACUUAAGCAAGUUUAUGAAUAAUUUUUGAAUAGUUUUUCAACUUCUUAUAGAGAAGACAAUCAUGCAAUUAAGCAUGAUAGAGAAAAGCUUACUCAUAGAUAAUACUUCGCCACCAUUUAUAGAAGUGAGCUUAAAAAGAUAUUAAUUAACUAAAUUAGAUUAGUAGAAGUAGUUUUAUAAAUACUUGAAAGAAUAAUGAAGGGAAUGACAUUUGAUUUUGCUGUUACAAGAGUUUUCGAGUUGGAAACCAAAAAGGAAUUUGUAGUUAAUAGAAUUAUGAUUGAUAGCUAUCUGACAUCACUUAAGAAUGGUUUAGAAAAAAAUAAAUUAGAGUAUAUUAAUUAAACAAGUCAAGAUUUUGAAAAGUUAUUAGAGUCAUAAAGAUAAUUAAGGGUUGAUCUACCCAAGAACAUUUAUAGAUAAUUUGAGAUUAAAGGAUAUGAUAAGAUGCUUGAGAGGAUGAUUGAACAGCCAAUAAAAAUGUCACAGUUAAACGAAGAUGAGGAAGCUGAGAGAAGCCUAUUGUUAAUAAAAGAUCAUAUUCAAUUUUAGGUUGAAUAAAAUGAUAUAAUUUUAAGAGGCGAUGAUUAUGAACCAGCUGAUUAAUAAGUGGAAACUCUUGCAUAGAGUAAUGAAACUAAAUAAUAAGAAAUAGGUAAAUCUCCCAAAAAAGAAGACGGUAAUAGUGAGUAUGGCAGUGAAUAUGAUUCUGAAGCUGAAGAAGUCUCUGAAGAUGAGAAUCAAUCUAAGAUUUUGGAUAAAGGGGAAGAUGAUCCAAUUUUGAAAUAAGCUGUUGACUAGAAUAAUUGUAACUUCAAACAAUUAAUUGAAGAUGUUACCAAUUUAGAGUGA